AUGGUCGCCGCACGCGCUAUUCCUGGUUCCGCCACUCCUGGUUCCGCCACCCUUGGCCCCGCCAACCCUGGUUCCGCCAUCCCUGGUUCCGCCACCACCGAUUCCGCCACGUUUGAGCCGCUGCCGAUCCGACCUCCUCCAUCACCGUCCGCUUCUUCUUCUUCCGGUGCUGCUGGCAGUGGCAACACCCCUGGUGCCAGUAAUGCUGCCAGUGGUGCUGCUGCUGCAGCAGCUGGUGCGGUGAUAGGAGGUUUGGGAGGCGUGACAAGCGGUGCAGCCAUGGGAGGGUUGGCUGCAAAGGCGGCUGGGAAGGGGAAGGGGUGGAAGGCGGGGGAAGCAGCGGCCAUCGCUGCUGCUACUGCAGGGGGGCUGGGGGCGCUUGGGGGAGCUCUGGGGGGAGGCCUGGCGGGAGGUUUGACAGGAGGUUUGGGGGGGAUUCCGCUCCUCCCCUCCCCUCUCCCUACUCUUCCGACUGCCUCCCUUCCCCCCUUUCCUUCUGCUGCCCUUCCCUCCCUCCCUUCUGCUUCCCUUCCCCCACUUCCUUCUGCUUCCGUUCCCCCCCUCCCUUCUGCUGCUCCCCCCCUCCCUUCCGCUGGCCUUCCCCCUGUCCCUUCCCCCUCUGCCAAUACCACCUCCCCCUCACUGCCUCUCCCUUCCCCCUCUGCCAAUACCACCUCCCCCUCGCUACCUCUCCCUUCCCCCUCUGCCAAUACCACCUCCCCCUCGCUACCUCUCCCUUCCCCCUCUGCCAAUGCCACCUCCCCCUCACUGCCUUCCCCCUCCCCCUCCGCCAAUACCACCUCCCCCUCACUGCCCCUCCCUUCCCCCUCCGCCAAUACCACCUCCCCCUCACUGCCUUCCCCUUCCCCCUCCGCCAAUACAACCUCCCCCUCAUCCCCUCUCCCUUCCCCUUCCGCCAAUACGACCUCCCCCUCACUGCCUUCCCCUUCCCCCUCCGCCAAUACCACCUCCCCCUCACUGCCCCUCCCUUCCCCCUCCGCCAAUACCACCUCCCCCUCACUGCCCCUCCCUUCCCCCUCCGCCAAUACCACCUCCCCCUCACUGCCUUCCCCCUCCCCCUCCGCCAAUACCACCUCCCCCUCACUGCCCCUCCCUUCCCCCUCCGCCAAUACCACCUCCCCCUCACUGCCUUCCCUUUCCCCCUCCGCCAAUACCACCUCCCCCUCACUGCCUUCCCCCUUCCCCUCCGCCAAUAACACCUCCCCCUCAUCCCCUCUCCCUUCCCCCUCUGCCAAUACCACCUCCCCCUCACUGCCUCUCCCUUCCCCUUCCGCCAAUACCACCUCCCCCUCACUGCCUUCCCCUUCCCCCUCCGCCAAUACCACCUCCCCCUCACUGCCUUCCCCUUCCCCCUCCGCCAAUACCACCUCCCCCUCACUGCCUUCCCCUUCCCCCUCCGCCAAUACCACCUCCCCCUCACUGCCUUCCCCUUCCCCCUCCGCCAAUACCACCUCCCCCUCACCGCCUCUCCCCUCCCCUGCCGGCAAUACCACCUCCCCCUCACCGCCUCUCCCCUCCCCUGCCGGCAAUACCACCUCCCCCUCACAGCCUCUCCCCUCCCCUGCUGGCAAUACCACCUCCCCCUCACCGCCUCUCCCCUCCCCUUCUGGCAAUACCACCUCCCCCCCAUCGCCUCUCCCUUCCCCCUCCCCCAACACAACAACCACUCCACAACCUCUCCCCUCCCCCGUUUCAAAUAGCACGACUACCACACCACCUCCCCCUUCCCCCUCCUCCUCCUCUUCGUCCCCUCCCCGACCCUAA